AACUUCCGUUUCCGGCUUUCUAGUUCCGGGUUCUCCGGUGGAGGCUGCGAUGGCUGCGGCCUCGUCCUCCUCGGCGGCGACCCCGGGCUGCCGGGAGGGCCCGGCGGUAGCGGCAGGGCCUGGCUGGAGCGACUCCCAGUUCCGUCGUUACUCCUUCGAGACGCGGCCCAUCCCGCGGCUCAGCCACAGCGAUCCCCGCGCCGAGGAGCUCAUCGAGAACGAGGAGCCAGUGGUGCUGACAGAUACGAAUCUGGUUUAUCCUGCUCUGAAAUGGGACCUGGACUACCUCCAGGAAAACAUUGGCAAUGGGGACUUCUCAGUGUAUAGUGCCAGCACACACAAGUUCUUGUACUACGAUGAGAAGAAGAUGGCCAAUUUUAAGAACUUCAAGCCCAAAUCAAGCAGGGAAGAGAUGAAGUUUGCUGAGUUUGUGGACAGACUCAAAGAAAUUCAACAGAAAGGGAGUGCUGAGAGGCUAUAUCUGCAGCAAACCCUCAAUGACACAGUUGGAAGGAAGAUUGUGGUGGAUUUCCUUGGUUUCAACUGGAACUGGAUUAACAAGCAGCAAGGGAAACGUGGUUGGGGUCAACUGACUUCUAACUUGCUUCUUAUUGGCAUGGAAGGGAAUGUGACACCAGCUCACUAUGAUGAGCAGCAGAACUUCUUUGCUCAGAUUAAGGGUUAUAAGAGGUGUAUCCUGUUCCCUCCUGAUCAGUUUGAAUGCCUCUACCCUUAUCCUGUGCACCAUCCCUGCGACAGACAGAGCCAGGUGGACUUUGACAAUCCUGACUAUGAGAAGUUUCCGAACUUCCGGAGUGUGGUUGGCUAUGAGACGGUGGUGGGUCCAGGGGAUGUGCUAUACAUACCUAUGUACUGGUGGCACCACAUUGAGUCUCUCCUGAAUGGGGGGAUUACCAUCACUGUGAACUUCUGGUACAAGGGUGCCCCAACCCCAAAGAGAAUUGAGUAUCCGUUAAAGGCUCAUCAGAAAGUGGCGAUAAUGAGGAACAUUGAGAAGAUGUUGGGAGAAGCCUUAGGAAAUCCACAAGAGGUGGGUCCCUUGUUGAAUAUGAUGAUUAAGGGACGAUAUGACUAAUGCCUGGCUGCCGGGUGACUGAUGUUGGAGCUGCUUUGUUCACAAGCAAUGGAAGAUACUGAGCGCUAGUAUUGCACGCAGCACUUAACAGACUGAUGGGUUUCCUGACCUAUCCCUGCCCCAGUACAGUAAAGGGGGCUACUGGAACUGCAAAACUGUUAGUACCCCAUUCAUCCUCCAUUCUCAUUUAACCGAACCUCCCAAGAAAGAGUCUGCACUUGCUGGAAGCUGGAUUCAUGCUCGCUAACUUGUUUUUUCUCCCUCUGCCCUGUUUGCCACAACAAGGAGCAUGAUUUCUGGCAUUUGGAUGUGUUGCUUCAGGAUUUUCAGGCAUUUGAAGAAGACCUUGGAGGGGAACCAGGCGUGAUCUUGUUUCCUCAGCCUCAGGGGGUUUGGACCUCCUGGUUGGGUUUGUGGAUUGGUGCCUGCAGUGAAUGUAAUAUGGGUAUUACAGGUUUAAAAGUCCUCUGUUGUUAGAGGACCUGUCCAUGCUCAACUCUUGGCACCUUUUUGUAAAAUGGAAACAAACAUAGCCUGUGUGUGAUGAUCAACUGCACAAAUGCUUUGAUUUCUUCAACUUAGGAUAUCCAUGCUUUGGACUUAGUACAGGGUAGAGAUCAGAGUGAAUUCAUCUAGCGUGUGAGCACCAAAUCCAAUGCUCUCCAAAUAACAUCUGUGUUGUAGGAGUCUAGAUAAACCUCCUUUCCAACAGCUUUUUCUGGAAAGUGAAGGCUUCUUUCCCACUCUUCUGAAGCUGCAGUGUGGUUGAAGGGGGAUAUACAUUAUGAAGAGGGAUGCAUUAAUGCUGAGGCACUCUCCAAGUCUUGAAUGGUUAAGCCCUAUUUUCAAAUUAAAUUCCCCAGGGGUGCCGAGCUAGACCGUCAAAACGCAGCAUCAGACAGGUACAGAGCCUCUCUUCUCUCCUCACCAGGGGUGCUGGCUCCUUGGAGUAACAUGGGAAAGUGCCCUUUUUACUGAAACUGCAAGAACUCAAGUGUGUGUGGCUGCGCACAGAUGCGCGUGUUUGUGUGAUGAUGUGUGGCUCCUGUCCAUCAGUUAUUCCAUGCCAGUGUGUGGUUCCCUUCCUUGUACAGUCAUGUGAAAGAGGUCAGGGCUUUCUGUUUAAAUGUGGUUAAGUUUAUCUUGAUCCUUUUUGUGUUCUGGGACUUGACAUGGCAGGCUGGGAAGUGACCGGAGAACCAGACAAGCCUCUGUUUAAGAAUUCUUAGCAAUGACCCUCAAAAAUGAUUUUGCUUUCUUCCUCCUCUUGCAGACAAAAGCCUUAGACUCAUAUGGAGACUGGCUUUUUAUUCCCUGAGGUGUGCUGCACUGCUGUCCCUGGUUUAGGGGGUGGUGCAAAGGUCUUGUAUGUUUGAUGCGGUUGUAAUGGGUCCCAAGAACCAGAGGUGAAAGAAGCUGUUUCAUAGCCCAUAUAUCUCAUCCCAGGGAAUAGUGGGGAAGUCAUCCUGUUGAGACUUCCCAGCAUUUUUCCUAUUGUUCUUUGAGGCUUGUUCUGACAUUAUUCUGAUAAAAGCAUUGAGAACAUGGCACUCAAGAAGUGUCUUUGGCCUCAUGUUCCAUCCUUUGGUGGGACAGCUCAUGCACCACUUGCAGUGAGCUUGUCUUGCGCAAAGGUGAAAGGCUUCUUAAACAGGAGGUCCCAAGGGCUAGUUUUCUCGCUGCUUUGCAGGUCAGAACAGAUGAAUUGUAAUUGGCAUGUGCAGGGUUCUUGUUUAAGAAAUGUAUCUAUGUCACCCAGUCAUGACUGCCAUGUUAUUUGUUGCAGACUCUCCAGAGCUGUGGUUAGACCCAGAUGAAGGUCACUCAGCUGGAUACUUAUCAGUGUUCAGCCUUUGGGCAGGUGCGAAAAAAGGCUAAGCUGCUGACUCUUGCCAAAAGCCAGGCCUUCCCAGGAAUCCUGGGCACAUGCCCUUGGCUGAAAGAUGCUCAAAUGAAGUCUCAUCUCUGUGCUGUUAACACACAGUAGUCACCAGUACUACUUGUUAGACACCAUCAGCUCUUGAAGCUCAGGGUGGGAGUUCAUAUCCCAUGUGGAGAGAGAAUGGUACUUUAGGAUGCUUUUUUUUUCUUUAUUUGCCAAAGGUCUAACUCUUAAAGUGUCUGAGCAGGUUUUGCUGCACUUGAUUUCGUGAAAGCUCAUUUACAAUGCACUGAUGGACUGACUCCCUGCCCCUUCCCUUUUCACCUUGUGCUUUCAAUGCCCCUUGCCAUGGUAUUCGGAAGCUGUGUGUUCUCUGCUAGGGGUAUGUGUGCAGGGGGUGGGGCGUGACAAACACACGGUACCUUCUGAAGUGUAGUUCUUAAAUACAACCAAUGUUGAACAACAAA